GGGAGCGGCUGGGGAUUCCGCGACCCUGCUCCCCAGUGGCCCACCCCUCCCCAUCCGGAGCUCGGGCGUCAGGGCCUGGCACUCGCUGCGGAGGGGCCCUCGGGGCGCCACGAGCCUGGUCCCAGCCUUCUGCCGGCGAAGCGCGAGAGACCUUCCUGCCUCGAAGAGCCGGCCGGAUCUCCUCUGAUUCGCGGUACUCAAGCUAUGAAGGUUGUUGCUUUUCCAAACAAAGAGGGCACCGCGCGAAGCCAGGGGUCAUCAGCCAUGCUCCAGACAUGGUCCCAGGAAUCAGUGAGCUUUGAGGACAUGGCCAUGUACUUCACCCAGAACCAAUGGGCCAGCCUGGACUCUGCUCAGAGGACCCUGUAUAGGGAGGUGAUGCUGGAGAAUUAUGCAAACGUAACUUCCUUGGUAUCAUUUCCAUUCCCCAAACCAGAUCUGAUAUUCCAGCUAGAGCGAGGGGAAGCACCAAGGGUCCUGGAUCCCUGGACACCCAUCAGGAGAGAGGUGAGAGGUGUCUGCACAGGUGGUAAAACCAAGACUGAGAGUGGAGGGCAAACUCCAGAGCUGAGCAUUUCUAAAGGACCAGAGUCACGCAGACCGAUAAUGGAGGUACUGCUGGUGGACAUUCUCCAGCACCCUCACUUUGAGAACAGCUUAGCGAAGCUGAACCUGUAUGACAUGGGGAAGAAAACAAACUCAAAGAAUGGCGAUUUCACAGAUUUGCCAGUCCAGGAUCAUACAUCUUCCACCAUUGAAAGAGAAGAGAUAGCUAGACAACUGGAAGGAAGAUGUGGUGUCCACACACAUCUCAUUGCAAAGCAGGGCCUCCCUAGAGAACAGGUAUUUUGUAAAUGUGGUGAGUGUGGCAGAUAUUUCAACCAACAUUCAGACCUUCACCAGCAUCAGAGAAUUCACACGGAUGAGAAGCCCUACAUAUGUAAAGAAUGUGGGAAAGCCUUCAGAUAUAACUCAAAACUGUCACGGCACCAGAAAAUCCACACUGGGGAGAAACCGUACCCGUGCCAGGAAUGUGGACAAGCCUUCAGUCAAAACUCCCACCUUCUUCAGCAUCAGAAACUCCAUGGGGGAGAGAAACCCUAUGAAUGUAGGGACUGUGGGAAAACCUUCAGCUACAACUCAAAACUUAUCCGGCAUCAUCGAAUCCACACUGGGGAACCCCUUAAAUGUAAGGAAUGUGGGAGGGCCUUUCAGUGUAGCUAUGACUGCGUCAUCCAUAAGCGAAUCCACACUGGGGAGAAGCCAUACAAAUGUAAGGAGUGUGGGAAAAGCUUCAGCUCGAAUUCAGUCCUGAUUCAGCAUCAGAGAAUCCACACUGGGGAGAAACCUUACGAGUGUAAAGAGUGCGGCAAGGCUUUCUGCCGGAGUUCAGUAUUUCUCCAGCACCAGAGGUUCCACACUGGGGAAAAACUCUAUAAGUGUCAUGAAUGUUGGAAAACUUUCAGUUGUAGCUCAUGCUUUAUAAUACAUCAGAGAAUCCACACCGGGGAGAAACCUUAUGAAUGCCAGGAGUCUGGGAAGGCGUUCAAUCAGAAAAUCACCCUGGUUCAGCACCAGCGAGUACACACUGGGGAGAAACCUUACGAGUGUAAGGUGUGCAGGAAAUCAUUCAAAUAGAGCACAGGUUUCAUUCAGCAUCAGAAACUGCAUACUAGGAAGAAAUCUGCCCAAGUUACAGGGCCGUCCCUGGUUAAGCCCCACUGCCCCACUUCAGUGCUCUCCCCUCCGCCUCCCCAACAUGUGAGCCCUGCCCCAGCCAUGCCAGGGUCUCCCCCAUCUUCUCCACAUGCAGUGCUGCUUCCCGCCUCUGUGCCUCUCUUCGUGCUGCUCCCCUCAUCUGAAAUGGCCAAGUCUUCACCUGUCCAAAUCAUGCAUUUCUUUCAGGAUCUUGCUUCUCCUGGGAAGUCAUCCCCUCAUAGCCUGAACCCUUUAUCUCAUUCCCCAUGAGCUCCCUCACGUUCUCAACUCCAUUGUCCCUAGGGUAGCAGACUUUCUUCUGGUCUCCUGGUCAUGUCUUUAAUGAUACUCUUCUGGUCUUCCAUAAGUAAAUCAUUAUUGUUUUUCCAGCUCCAUUUAAGUUUCAC